CCAAUAAAAGGUGGAUUUUGGAAAAUGGGUUAUGACUUUCACAAUGAUGGUACAAUGUUUAGGCUUGAUGCAUCUUUUGUUUGUUCGAUUGAUUUCGGGUCCAUGGAUUCUUUCAUGAUGUAUAUCUUGUUCCCCAGAUUUGUAAUAAUUAUGGAGCUCAUGAUGUCCUUAUGCCACUCAAAUCAUGUUUUAGAAAUUUGUUAUUUAUGUUUUGGGCUUAAAGAAAAAUUUCUCCAUAAUAUGGGGUUCUUCAACUAAUGUUGGGUGGCAAUAUUUGUCAGGUAAGUCCUUGGACAAAGACUACCAAAAAUUCUAUGGCAGAGGAUGAUAUCUAUACACAGGAUGGCACCGUGGAUAACAAAGGGAAUCCUGCUGACAGGAGAAAGACUGGACACUGGAAAGCUUGCCGUUUUAUUCUUGGAAAUGAAUGUUGUGAAAGGUUGGCAUACUAUGGGAUGAGUACCAAUCUGGUGAAUUAUCUUGAAGAUCGUCUCAAUCAGGGAAAUGCCACAGCCUCCAAUAAUGUUACCAAUUGGUCUGGGACCUGCUAUAUCACACCAUUGAUUGGAGCCUUUAUAGCUGAUGCUUACUUGGGAAGAUAUUGGACAAUUGCUAGUUUCGUAAUCAUCUAUGUUUUGGGUAUGACUUUCUUAACAGUGACUGCUUCCGUCCCUGGACUAAAGCCAUCAUGCGAUACAAAUGGUUGCCACCCAACACAAAAACAAAGUGCAUUAGUCUUUGUAGCACUUUAUAUGAUUGCUCUUGGGACCGGUGGAAUCAAGCCAUGCGUAUCUUCGUUUGGUGCUGAUCAAUUUGAUGAAAGUUUUGAAAAGGAGAGGAAACAGAAGAGCUCUUUCUUCAACUGGUUUUACUUUUCCAUCAAUAUUGGAGCCCUUAUUGCUUCCUCAGUUUUGGUCUGGAUUCAAAUGAAUGUAGGCUGGGGAUGGGGGUUUGGAGUCCCGGCAGUGGCAAUGGCCAUUGCAGUUAUUUUCUUUUUCUCAGGUAGCCGGUUGUACCGGCAUCAGAAACCUGGAGGGAGUCCUCUUACAAGGAUUUUCCGGGUCAUUGUUGCAUCCUUCCGGAAGGCUCAUGUUGAGGUACCUUAUGAUAAGUCUCUUCUUUAUGAGACCAUAGAUGAGGAACGUACUAUCGUAGGAAGCCGCAAGCUUGAACACACAAACAAGUUAAGAUGGUUUGACAAGGCUGCUGUGGAGACUGAAGCAGACCGCACUAAGGGCUUGAAAGACCCUUGGAGACUCUGCACAGUGACAGAAGUGGAGGAACUCAAGGCCAUUAUUAGGAUACUCCCAAUAUGGGCAUCUGGUAUAGUCUUCUCUACCGUUUACAGUCAAAUGAGCACCAUGUUUGUUAUACAAGGUAACACAAUGGACCAACACAUGGGCCCUAAUUUCAAGAUUCCAUCGGCAUCCCUCUCCCUUUUCGACACUCUUAGUGUGAUCUUCUGGGCCCCUGUGUAUGACCGGCUCAUUGUCCCAUGUGCAAGGAGGUUUACUGGCAAAGAACGGGGCUUCACUCAGCUCCAGCGAAUGGGCAUUGGCCUUGCCAUUUCUAUAUUUUCCAUGAUCACUGCUGGGGUUUUGGAGGUUGUUCGGCUAAAUUAUGUUAGAAGGAACAAUUACUAUGACCUUGAGUACAUUCCCAUGUCAAUUUUCUGGCAAGUACCACAGUAUUUUCUUAUUGGAUGUUCAGAAGUAUUCACUUUCAUUGGACAGUUGGAGUUUUUCUAUGACCAAGCACCUGAUGCUAUGAGAAGUCUGUGCUCAGCUUUGUCACUCACAACUGUAGCAUUGGGGAAUUACUUGAGCACGUUGCUUGUUACAAUUGUGACAAACGUCACCACAAAGAAUGGGAAGCUUGGUUGGAUUCCAGAUAAUUUGAACAGAGGCCAUCUUGACUACUUCUAUUGGCUCUUGGCCAUUCUCAGCCUGCUGAACUUCUUUGCGUAUCUCUGGAUAUCUAAGUGGUAUACAUACAAGAAGGCAAUAGCAUUUGGGCAAACAAAGUGAAUGUUAGCGGGAUUGAAACCUGCUUGUAGUCUGUUAUUGGAGUUUGUUUAGUCUUUUACUGUCUAUUUGAAUAUUUGGUCUUUUUGCCUGGUCUCUAAGACAAGAGAGUGUUGGUAAAUAUGGUUUGCAAUGUGUGUUAAUUCCUACAUAGGUUUUAAGGGGUUUGUUAAUUUGCAUUUGAAUUCUUUUGGAAUUUAGCCUGUCAUUAUUUGUGCAUCAAACACUGGCAUUGUAAUAAGAUACUUUUGGAUCAUGUUAUUUCUCA